UGCCAAGAAACCCGCACACCCAUUUGCCCAUAUAGGGACUUGAACCCUCAUAGACUACUUUGAGAGGUAGAAGAGAAACAACUAGGCUAUAUAGCCCUUGGUGGUGAAAUGUACAUAUUCAACUCUUUUUUCCUUGUUUCGUUUAUACAAAUAACACACACCCAACUCCAAUCCUCUCUUGUACCACGAAAGAGAUGUCAUAGAUGUUUUCUUUUUGUAGUUUCCGAAUUGUCCGAGAGAUUUUGCUUUGUUAGAAAGGAAGUUCUUGCAUGAUUUUAUUGUAUGUGGAACAUUCUGAUCCUAUGAGUUGAACAUUUGGUCAAUCUGUAGACCUACUAUAAAGUUGGUUUUAGCACAAAUGGCAUGGUGAUUUUAUGACAUCAAACACCUAUACUUUGUAUUGUUUUCUUAUCAGUGAAAAUUGUGAAUUUUUCUUGCUGUUAGUUGAAAUUAUAAAAUGUCCCAUCACAGGUUUACGUGGCUACUUGGCUGCUAAAAUCCCAAGUGGACAAGAUCUUCGAACAACAGAAAACUUUCUCAGAUUUGAGGAGGAACAUAGAGAACAUGGAGAAGAAUAGUGUGACCAGUCUCAGGACAAUGGUCAAUCUUGGAUCAGAAGUAUACAUGCAAGCUGAAGUGCCAGAUACGCGACACAUAUUUGUAGAUAUUGGACUUGGAUUCCAUGUGGAGUUCACCUGGUCUGAAGCUCUAAACUAUAUAACAGCAAGGGAGGAAAGGUUAGCCAGGUUUUGGAAGGAAUACGGGAAUUGCUCCAAUUUCCAGCAACUUGAAAAUGGUUCGUGCACCGGAAACAGGUCCUUUCUUCAGAAUUUGUUAUUCAAAUGCAUGCUUCAAUCAUCUGUCUUGCUUUACUUGCAUCCGAAUUUCGAAAAAAGAGAGGAGAGCAAGAGCCAGAGAUUAGGCUUGUUAUGGAUGUAUAAAUUUUCUGUUUUAGAGAGAAAAGCUUUGCAAACUGAAGUUCAUGGAGUCUCUUUGCUAUUUUCAGCAGCUCAAGUGAAAUAGAUUCAAUUUUUACAA